CUCAACAAAGGCUCAGGCCACACUAAGUUCGCGCUUCAUUCAUUCACCACCAUAUAUCCUAUGAAAAUCUCGCCUCACAAUGGAGUUUCCAUCGCACACCUGAAUUAACUUGUCAGAUAUCGGAAAAAUAGAAUUGAGAGGAAGUCUUCACAAAUGGCAAUGACGAACCCAGAUUCCCAAACAGAGGAGUUAGAUGACAAGUACCUCACCACUAUAACCGUUCAAGACCGCGAAUAUCAAAAAUAUUCAAUAGAUAACCAAAUAUCGUUUGAACCUGUCGACGACGAUGAAGCCGAGCGCCUCGAACUCCAGCACCGAAUUUUCAACAAACUCUUUGAUAACAGACUGAUUUUUCCUCCUGUAUCUCGCCUUCGAAGGCUAUUGGAUUGUGGUUAUGGGGCCGGGUCAUGGACUAUUGAUGUUGCAGAGCAAAACCCUGACUGCGAGGUGAUCGGAGUCGAUAUAUUUCCUCACACAAACCCAGAUGAUACGCCGGAAAACUUGUGGCUCCAGGUCGACGACUUAAACCGCCCUUUCACAUUCUCCUCCAAUUAUUUUGACCUGGUCAACUCUCGAUUGCUCGCGGCAGGUAUCAACCGAACACGCUGGUCAUCUUAUAUUCGAGACAUCAAAAGAGUUCUGAAACCCGGAGGCUGGGUGCAAUUAGUCGAAAUAUAUUUCAAUGUCCAGUCAGAUAACGGCUCCAUCGGCGAACAACAUGCAUUAAGGCAAUGGAGCACUCGGCUCAUGGGCUCGUUGGAAGAGGUAAAGGACCCUCGGGUGGGAACGCGGUUGAAGGCGCUCUUGGUGGCAGAAGGGUUCACAGAAGUUGAGGCAAAAAUGAUUCCCCUGCCUCUAUCGGCAUGGUCGAAUAGCCCGUCUAUCCGGGACAUCGGUGCAAUGAAUCGUGAAAAUGUCGCGAAGCUGCUUCAUUCUCUCGCCUUAUACCCGUUGACUCAACGCCUCAACAUGCCAGAAGAACAGUACCAAGACUUGAUAUCCCGGGCUCAACGCGAGGUUGACGACUUAAGCUUGAAAGCUUACUUCCCAUUAUACGUUUGUAUUGGACGAAAACCUCAUGGGUAA